AUGAGAACGAAUUGAGGUUAACGUUCUACUGUAGUUUAGUAAGCCUUAUAUUAUUAUUUAUUAUUUAAAAGAUUUGUUAUUAUACUACAGAUUAUUAUAAUUUUUAUAGUUAACAAUUAAUAAUUUGGAGCCUGGAACAUCAUGUUAAACUGUUCAACUAAAGCUAUUUGUAGCCGAGGAUUUAUACCAAAUGUCAUCAGUGUUCGAUACCGAAGAGUCAAUGUACAGAAACCCAGAAAACCAGAUCAUUACCGUGCAGUCAUUGAUACAAUUACAAAGCCUAAAUAUCCGUGGCCAAAACCAUCAGAUAUGACAUGGAGUGAAAGAUGUCCUAAGCCGAUCAGUAAAGCAUCUAAACAAAUUGAAAAUAAUCCAUAUGAAAAUAUUUUGGCGAAAGAACUUAGAGAAUUAUUUGAACAGAGCGCAAUGGUUGCAAUAUUUCAUAAAAAUCCUGUAAAGGGGGAAAUUGACUUCAAAACUAGAAAAACUUUUAAAAUGGCUGGUAUGGACCAAGUUGUGUAUGGUAAAAGCACUUUAAAACUAGCUUUAGCAGAAACAAAUUAUGCUGUAGUGUUGGAUUUAUUUCAAUCGCACAGCUCAAUAGUAUUCAGUAGCACAUCACAGGUACCUAAAUUAUUAAAAAUUAUAAAGAAGAUGCCUCAUUUAAUUUUAUUAGCAUCCAUAGUUGAUGGAAAAUUGUUAAGCAAAAACCAAACUGUAGAAUAUGGAAAUCUAGUAAAUAUUGAUAACGCCAGAGCAGCACUGAUUGGUGUAAUACAACAAGUAAACAAUAGGUGUUUGCAGACUAUAGGACAAACACAGUUGACAAUGGUUCGAUAUUUGGAACAAUAUGGACAGUCAUUAGAUGUUAAUACAGAAAAAAAGUCCACAGAAGAAUCAGACUAACUUAAUAUCGAAAUAAACUUUGUAAAAAGCAAAUUGUUUUUGUUACAACAUUCGUUUUAUAGAUAAUUUAUCAUUUUAAUUUUCAAUAAAAUAUUUGUAUUAAAUGAA